AUGCAGCUGACCACCGCCUUGGGUCUCGGCUUGGGCGCCGUCUUGGCUCACGCAGCCUCAUGCAUCCCGCGCACCAAUCCCUUUGAGCCUCUCGAUCCUCAGAAAUGGGUCAACCCAGAUGACAUGACCUGGGGCGACUUCAUCGCGCCUCCCAAUACCAAUUGGAGCAACCCUUCGCAAACCGGUUCUGAGCGCAACUUCCAUAUCGCUCUCAUCACCCUCGACUACUCGGACAAGCCGUUUGUCAUCACUCAGCCCGCCGAAUCAACGAUCUUUGGAAACCCGCAGUCAAAUGUCGCUGAUGUUCCUGUCGCGGACGUACCUGCGUUCUACCGCGACCUUCUCAACACCCCCAAUGAGCUCAACCAAGGCCACACCCUGCAUGAGUACUGGAUGGAGGACUCGGGGGGUCGGUUCGGCGUCGACCUGACCGUGUACGGCGUCUACCGCAUGCCCUCGCUAUCCUGGCAGUACGGAAUCGACGACUGGAUGAACGAGGGCUCCUGCCCCGUCGCAGACGCCUGCAACGUCGACCUCCGCACCGACGGCCUCGGCCUGUGGCGCAAAGACGUCGGGGACAAGGUCGCUGACUCGUACGAGCUCGUCUUCCUCCUCUCGUCCGGGCAGGACGAGUCCUCCACCUGGCAGGAAUUCGGGCAGAUGAAGUUCGCCGCCAAGGAGGACGUCACCAAUGACUUCGGCCCCCCCAAGGACGCGUCCUCCAACCUCACAAACUGGGCCACCACCCGCUACGUCCCCUGGUCCAGCUGGGCCGCCGCCUCGUGCAUUUGGCCCAACGCCGGCGACGGCUCGUCCACCCAGGCCGAGAGCUCCGGCAUGGCCGUCUACGCCCACGAGCUCAGCCACCUGCUAAACAUCGGGGACAACUAUAACAACCCGUACGGCACGCCCCUGCAGCGCGCCUACACGGGGCCCUGGUCGAUGAUGUCGCGCGGCUCGUUCAACGGGCCCGGCGGACCUCAUACGAGAUGGAAGAUCCCCGCGCUGCAGGGAAGCUCGAUGGGCUCGCUCCAUACCGUCCGGGACAAGUACCAGCUCGGCCUGAUCGAGGAGAGCAGCCUCCUCCGCCUCUCGCGCUCCGCCCUGGCCGAGUCGGGCAUCAUCGUCGCGGGCCUGACAGCCAGAUCGGUCGUGUCCGACCUGAUGGGCCUGCGCGUCGAGCUCGGGGACGCAGGGGACCUCUCGCCCUCGUGCAACGUGAGCAACGACGUCUUCUGCGAUGGCGGCGGCUACAACUACUACGACGUCGAGGUGGUCGACCGCAUGGGCGCCGACUCGUUCCAGGCCGACGCGGGCGUGCUGAUCAGCAAGUCGAAGCAGGUCGACAGCGCGCCGUUCCAGUGGGUCAUCGACGCGAACCCGCAGGACAUUGAGCUUAUUGACUUUGUGAAGCCGGGCGGCGGCGAGCAGAUGAUCACGUUGGGAGAUUACCGCCAGCUGGCCGACGCGCUGUUCCACCUGGGUACCGGCUCGGGCAGCCUGUACGAGCAUGUCGACAAGGCGAACAACCUGCACUUCUAUGUCCUCACGCGCCGGCGGGACGCGGACGGCGUGCUUUCGUAUACGGUCGGUGCGCGGUCGCUGGAGGGAUCUGGAGCUAGCAAGUUUGGUGUUGAGCUGGCUGAGGGCGGCGCGGUCGCGGGGAAGAGCAGGACGCCCACGACUACGGGAGUCUACUGCUCGUUCGAGCUGAAGAACAGCGGCAGCUAUGUCGCGGGAGGCUCUCACCCCCGCGACGUGACGGCGUACGCGGGAUCUGACAUCUUCCGUCUCGAGGCUUCGGUCGAGGGUGAGGGCUGGAAGGUUGAGGUGCCGAAUGUGUUUGUCGUAGCAAAGUAUGGAGAGACACAGACGGCCUUUGUUGCUGUUGGCGCGGGAGAGGGGGCGGUUGGUACGGGAGUCGUCACGUUGACGGCGACAUCUGAGUCUGAUCCCAGUGUGAAGGCCACGGCGAAGUGUGAAGUGCCAAAAGUGUUGUAG